AUGGGCAGUGAAAAGGAUUCUCAAGUGGUGACGGCUGCUAAGCCUGCCGUGAAGGCCAUUAAGGAAAAGGACGCGGAUGUCACACUGAGAUUUAUCGAACAACAUGGACAUGAAGUUGGCCCGUUGACGCCAGAGAAGGAGAAAAAACUGCGAAGGAAACUCUACCUCCAUGUCAUGGUAUUGGUGUCAGCGAUCAACCUUAUCUUGUUUGUUGACAAAUCCUCACUUGGAUAUGCUGCCAUCCUCGGACUGUUCGAAGAAACAGGAAUUUCCAAAGCUCAAUACAACAACCUGAACACAUUUUUCUAUGUUGGAUACGUCGCUGCACAACUGCCUGGCCACUAUCUGCUGCAACGACUUCCGUUUGGAAAAUUUGUCGGGGCUGUCGUGUUCAGCUGGUCGGUGAUUAUCUUUCUCCACUGUGUCGCAACCAAUUACGCUGGGCUGGCCGUUGUGAGAAUUCUUCUCGGUGUAGUUGAAGCCGUCGUCGUUCCAGCAAUUGAAAUGACAAUUGGAAUGUUCUUCAAUCGCGAGGAACAGUCAUUUCUCCAACCUAUUUUCUGGAUCACCUGUCAAGCAGCGCCCAUUGUCGCUGGCUUCGUAUCCUACGGGCUUGUCUGGAGUAAGGGUAAGACUGCCAUACUUCCCUGGAAGCUUUUCAUGAUCACUACUGGAGGGUUGACAUUCUUCCUCUCUAUCUGGACAUGGUUUUGCUACCCAAAUAACCCCAGUGAGGCUCGUUUCCUGACCACCGAGGAGAAAGUCCAUGUCAUUCGACGUGUGCAGGGCUCCAGCCAAAGUUCUAUCGAGCAGAAACAUUUCAAGAAGGAACAAUUUAUCGAAACCCUCAAAGAUCCCGUUUCCUGGCUUUUUGCGUUGCAAGCCUUCACGCUCAUGUACUCCAACAAUCUCACAUACGGCCAGCAGAAUCUCCUGACAACAUCUCUGGGCGUCACUACGCUUGGAUCUACUCUCGUCGCUGUCGCUGGUGGUGGUUUUGGAGUCGUUGUAUGUCUAGUUGCCACCUGGGCACUGCGGCGCUGGCCUAGAGGACUUGCAUGGCAUGGACUUGCCUGGUGCGUGCCUGCUAUCGCUGGUGGCAUUGGCAUGGUCACAAUCAAGUGGACUGAGAAGCUUGGCAUGUUAGCAUGUUUACUUCUCGCAGGGCACACAUAUGGCACAACUUAUAUCAUCGGUCUCGGGUGGGCAACAUCAUCCGCUGCUGGCUAUACAAAGAAGCUCACACGGAACGUUAUGUUCAUGAUUGGAUAUAGCGUUGGAAACCUCGUCUCACCACAGAUUUGGGUUCCCAGUGCCGCCCCCAGAUACUACGGCGCAUGGGCGUCCAUGAUUAUUGUUGCUUGGGCUGGUACACCAGCGAUCCUGUUUAUCAUUAGCUUCAUCUUGGGUCGUAGAAAUAAGGAGAGGGAGCAAUGGGCCGCUGAGUUGAGUGAUGAUGACCGUGAAGGUAUCGUUGAGGAGGUGGGCGAGAACGGGGAGAUUGUCCGUAGAAAAGCAGACCUUGCGAUGCUGGAUCUGACAGAUUUGGAGAACAAGUUUUUCAUCUAUCCGUUAUAG